GAGGAGGCGGCGGCCAAUGCCGCUCCCGCCGCCACAGCUGUAGCUCCGCCAGCCAGCUCAGGCAGACAGGAAAGCAGCCGCCUCAGCAGCAUGGCGGGGCUGCGCUACCCGUCGCCGCAUAGCUGCUGCCGCGUCGCCACGGCCAUGAACCUCCUGCUCGGCGUCUUUCAGGUCCUCUGGCCUGGCUUUCGUCUGGGGGGAGCGCAGAGCCAAGCGAUUGAUCCUAUUCCCAAUGUGGUGGAGUUGUGGCAAGCAGAAGAAGGGGAGCUCCUGAUGCCUGCUAAGGCUGAAUCAGAGGAGGAUGUGGAGGAAGAUCCACAAGAACAGAGUUUUUCUGCAAAAAUGCCUAAUGGGAAGAUUCUUCAUUUUCACCCUUCUAUUCUACAUUUUGGAAUGCAGUUACUGGGACUGCCCAAAGCUAAAAUACUCUAUGCUUACAACCCUAAUAAGGAUAGAGACAUUCUAGUGAAUUCAGUGUUUACAACGACUAGACAUUUUCAUGUGUCCCCUGCUCAUAGCAGAGUGAUUCCAGCAAUGGGAAAAAUUUAUUUCAGAGUACUUUUUCUUCCAGUAGAAGAGGGCAGUUUUGAAAGUUCAUUAUUUAUAAAUACCUCAUCUCAUGGAAUAUUUUCAUAUCAGGUAUUUGGAACUGGAACUUCAGAAGCUGUUUCAGAAGACUCUAGACAGGAGUUAGCAAAUACUUAUUUACUGCUUCCACAUAUCAACAGUAUUCAGAUCUCACAAACACUGGUAGAAACUAGGAAUGUCAGUCAUGUAAAAGUUCGCCUUGAAUGCAGUUUACAUAACAAAUUGUAUCAUUAUUUUAAGAAUUGUUGCUUUGCAUCCAAUGAUCUGCUGCUAGAAAUAAGUUUAAUGGUCCGAAUGAAAAAUGCGCAGCAUGAAUUUGUGGAUCUUAGACAAUACUUGCUGGAGAACCUCUUUGUAAUUUAUGUAGCAAUGGAUAAAACACAGACCUCAGAUGGUUCUUCAGUAAUCUUGUAUGUAUUACAUUCGGGGAACAACCUUUUGUAUGUGCAGGAUGUAAAACAUUUGACACAGGAAAAAAUAUUUUCAGUGCUUUUUGAGCCAAUAUGGCUGCCAUCGUUGACCAUGAAUUUCACAAAAGUAGCUUCUAUUAUUUGUAAAGGUACACUAUGUGGCCAUGAAACCAACCAUGGAAGAAUUAAUCUACUGGACAGAACAACUUUGCUAAAGCCAUGUCUUUUGCAUCCAGUGAUAGAAGGGUAUUUUGGCAUUAAUCCGUUUGCGGUGGUAUUUCAUAUAGAACCACAUCACAGUAUUUCAGCAUCUUGGUCUGUAUGGUUUACAAAUAAUUUCGAUUUUAGCAUUAUGCUAAAUGAUGUCUAUGUAUCAAGGCAAACUAAGGAUAUUCUACAGGUUAUGAAUUUCACAGGAGCCCGGACCCUACCUCCUGGCUGCUGGAAUGUGUUUUCCUUGAAAUACCACAUACAGGAAUCCAUAACAAGUUUAUUUUCCAGUGUUUUUGUGACUACAAAUGUGGGAGUGAUAUUUGAGAUCCCACUACAGAUUUAUUCUGCUUUGUCUCAGCAAGGAGAGACUCAUUUUGAAGCCAUAGCACAUCAUGAUAUGUACUGUUCCUUGAGAAUGUCAGAUAAAGCAAACCAUCUUUGGGAAAGAAGUCUUUCUCUGGACAGUUCUACAUGGAAUGUGGAUUCUGAUCUUGCAUAUGAACUCCAUGAAAAAUGGCAAAAAAUUAAGCAGAGUGAAAUUUGCAGGAGAAAUCUUAGGGAAAUUAUUCAAGCUACUGCUGCUGCUUAUGAAAAAAAUCCUGAAGAAGAAUCAUCUGCAUUAUCUUUUCCACAUUUGGUGUCAGAGGUUGGUCUUACAUUGAACUUCAGUGCAGCUGCACCGAUGAAUAGCAUGGUAAAAUAUUUUACACUAAGAAACCCUUCACAUUUCCCGGUUACAUUGCAACUCCUGCCUCUGUCCUUCUAUCCUGAUCCUCAAGCUCCACUGAGUCUACUCAGCAAAUGGUUUGGUGCAAAUAUACAGUCUAUUAAUUUUACAACCACUGAAUUCAGAUUGACAGAAGAGUAUUCUCACAGGGAAGGCCAUGAUUAUUUCAAGUCUAGUUCUGAGAUGCUUCAUUUGAAAUUGCAACCUUUAGAAAUGAAGAGAGUUGGUGUUGUCUUUACACCUCUUGACUACAGAAGGGUAACUUCCCUUAUAUUGGUCAGGAAUAAUUUGACAGUUCUGGAUAUGGUUUAUGUUGAAGGCAUUGGAGCAAGAGAAUUAUUGAAAGUAGGGGGAAGGUUACCAGGGGCAGGAGGUUCUCUUCGAUUUAAGGUGCCAGAGUCAACUCUUAUGGACUGCAGACGACAAUUGAAAGAUGGCAAGCAUAUUCUGUCUAUCACAAAGAACUUUAAAGUUGAAAAUAUUGGUCAUCUUCCUAUAACUAUAACAUCUAUGAAAAUUAAUGGGUACAGUUGCCAAGGAUAUGGGUUCGAAGUACUUGACUGCAGAGAGUUCUUUUUGGCACCAAAUUCUUCACGUGAGAUUAGCAUUGUGUUUACUCCAGAUUUUACAUCAUCUUGGAUUAUUCGUGAGUUGACUCUGGUUACUGCUGCAGGCAUUGAGUUUCACUUUACGCUCAAUGUGACUCUUCCUCAUCAUCUUUUGCCCAUGUGUGCAGAUGUGGUACCAGGACCCAGUUGGGAAGAGUCAUUCUGGAGGCUCACAGUACUCUUUGUCAGUUUGUCUUUAUUUGGUGUGAUCUUAAUAGCUUUCCAGCAAGCACAGUACAUUCUAACAGAAUUCAUGAAGUCAAGACAGCGGUCAAACCACAGUUCUGCACUGCAAAACAACAAUUCUGUGGACAUCAUCAGUUCUGAAACUUACAAGAGUAGCUGCAAAGCGUUUACUGAGACUUACAGUUCUUCUGAUAAAGGAAAAGGAAAAGGCUCCCUUUUGGUGGGGACUGCAACCAGCCGUAGCCAGAAUGCUGCCAAGAGGAGUCCAGCAACAUACAGUCAUUCUCAGAAGAAACAUAAGUGUUCUGUAUACUAUGGUAAACAAAAAUCAAGCACAACAACGAGCACCACCAUUCUGACAACAGAUGAUAAACAGAACCAGUCAGUUGAAAAUCCUAUUUCAGCACCAAAGGAAGACAUUUGUACUGUUAAUGAAAACUGGCUGAGCCUAAAAUAUGCAAAUAGCGUAAACAUGAAUAUGCAAAAAAACUUGACACACCCAGGGAACUUUGUAGAUAAAGAAGAAAGUGCAUUAAAAAGUGCAACACUUAUGAAAAACAUUUCUUCAGAGUGCAGUUUGAAGGAAGGUCUUCAAACAAAUAUGUUUCCUAAGGAAACGAAUCUUAAGUCUUCAGAAAAUUUAGCUGAGCUCAAAGAACCUGAGUUAUGUCCUUCAAAGUCAUCAAAGAAAUUGCCUGAAAGUCGCUUUCCAAGAUCUCCGCCUCAACAACAACCAGAAUUUCAAGAGAGUUCUAGGAAAAAUAAUGGGAAUAGUCAGCAAGUGUCUCUCAGGAAUGAAACAGAAAACAGUGAGACAUUGCAAAAGCAGGCUAACACACAACCUUCCACAGAGAAGAUAGUGAAUAAAGGGCUUAAAGAUGAAUUGCUGUAUUCUGGAAAGCGGGAAUUGAUUGCUGCUGAGCAGGAAGAAGUUCACCGAAAAAGUGGGUCUCAAGAGAAGAAAGAGGGACAGUUGCCCAAUAUAAGCUGGAAUAGACAUAGGACAAAUAGAAAGAAUAAAAAGAAGCAUGUUAACAUAUCUUCACGGGUUCCUGAGCAGACUGAGCUGAAGCAUGUGUGCAGUGAAAGACAUGAACUUAGAACUAGUUUUAAUAUAAGAAAUUGGUGUGCUCAAAGCAACGGGGAAACUUGUAAAGGAGAUGAUAAAUCUAUACACAGAGAAGCAGAAGGUUUCUACCAGUGGCCCAAGAAGAAGUGCUUGGAAAGGUUUUGUUCAGAUUCAAGUUCAGACUGUGGAAGUUCUUCUGGAAGUGUACGUGCCAGUCGGGGCAGUUGGGGAAGCUGGAGCAGCACCAGCAGUUCUGAUGGAGAUAAGAAGAUUCCUAGCAGACACUUCCUUCCUUCAAGGGAAAAUAUUUCAUGUAAUGAUUUUUCACCUGAUACUCCCAUCACUUUAAAUCUCUCCCACAACAUCUGCAACACCAGUAGAGAAGUGAAUAGUGUCACGCAGUACCCAGAGAAUUUGUGCCCCAGCUUCGCUGACAUAACUACAGAUCAAGACAAAAAUGAAGGCCUCUAUCCAGCAGGAGAUCUGUGGUCACCCCAGCCUAUCUGCCUGACAAAUAGUAUGAAUUACCAUCUUGAGAACAAUAUACCAUGCAUGAUCCAGGAAAACCCUUCAUUACAUAAUGGGCAGGUUUUUUUAUUUCUUAUUUGUUAUAUAUUUUUACUAGUCUCCACAGUCUGAGAUUGUGUUGGAGCCAGGGGCUGAGAGUUGUAGCUUAGUUUAAUUUAUUUAUUAUUGAUUACCCAUUAGGCCAUAUCAAAGUACAGAAUAUAAAACACAGAACGUUAAUAAGACCAUAUAUAAAAAUAGAAAAAAAGAAAAAAAAAGAAUAAAAAUGCAAAUCAUAUUUCUGUAUCACCCCUACAGUUUACCCCAAUCAGACUCACAUAUGCAUAUCUCAACUGAACUGUUUUGAUCAAAUGAAGGGCUGUAUUAUAUGUAAUGUUUGAAUUCUGAACGUACAUGAAAUACGUUGUUUUAAUAUAAGGAUCUCGAUAGGUUGCUUGUCUAAUAUGCAGUCCUAGAUACUGAUCUCUUUCUUGUACAAUUGACAUUCAAAUAAAAGGGGUGUUACGUCUUCUAUCUCCGGAGCUCUGCAAAUACAAGUACAUUCAUUAUAAAGGACUUAGUUAAAACUUCCAUAUUUAACCAUUGUGUCCAGCUGCUUGAAUCUUGCUCCAGUAAAUACUGCCCCAAGAUGUUCAGGCAUUUCUGUGUUUAAAUACUUAGCAGUUUGAAAGGUAUGUUUAUAGUGGCUCAUCUAUUUCAGUGUGCCAACCUUACUAAGGAUGGCUAUAUACUUCUGUGCUUCUGUAUCCAAGAUUCUUGGAUUCUUGCACAAAGAUUGUGCAGCAAUCUUGCACAAAUCUAGCUUGUUCUCCAGUUGUACAAGAGACAGGGAGACCACAGCUCCUAAUAUACAGUAAUUUGUCAGUUGUACAAUCCAAGAACUAAUUGAGAUUUUUGUCUGUUUUAACAGACAUAAUUUUGGGAGUCUGUCAGUUUCCAUAGCAUUAAUUUUGCCCAAUAAUUGUAUGUCCUGAUUUUAGACAAAGAACAAAUUGUAUAAAUUCCCAAUUCAGCACUAACUGCAGCAGCUGAAGUCCUUUUAUCCACACCAAUAUACUUCUCAGAUGCUGUGAUUGUGUUUGUUCUGAUACAUGUUUUAAGCCCCAGACUUCCGUUCCAUAUAAGAGCAUAGGCGUAACCUUGGCCUUGUAUACUUUGAUAAUUGCAGCUAAGGAACCUGGAUAGCUGUGGGUUUUUUUUAAUCUGAGCAGUAAAUUCACUCAUGCCCUUGCUCUAAGUGAGCUCCUUUGAUGAGGAGGAAGCCAAGAUCUAGUCUCAGAGAAAAUUACCCCUAGGUAAGGAAAGGUGUUAAGUUGCUCUGUUGAGUCACCAUCUAAUUGCCAUCCAUGGCUAUGAUGAUGUUUUCCAAAGGCCACAAUUUUUGACUUUGAUUUAUUAAUAAUCAGAGAGUUAUUAUAACAGUAGGAACCAAGUCUUUUUAACAGCCUAUGCAACACUACUUGCGAAUGUGAUAAUAAUAUUACAAUAUGUAUUUAGUGCCUUAGACAUGUGUACUUCAGAACCGUUCGUUAGUCCUGGUAAGUCAUUAACCUAUAAAUUGAAUAACAAUGGUGCAAGUAUUGUUGUCUUAUCCCUUUGAAGUAUUGAUCCUACUUGUCAUGGCUCCAUUGACACCAAAUAGUACUCUCAGACAAGUGCUUGUAUAAAUAUGUGAUAUGUGGUAAAUCAAUGCCAAAAGUUUGGGUUGUAUUUUGAGGGCAGUCAGUUUCCUCCAUAAUAUUUCUGUUUGCUGUGUCAAAUGCUGCACUAAGGUCUAUAAAGGCAGCAAACAGUUGUUUCCUCUUACUGACAUAUUGUAUAAUUAGGUGGGUUAAGACAAAGCAGUUGUCAAUAGUGGAUUGACUCUGUCUAAAGCCUGCUUGUUCUUCUGCAAGAAUACACUUUUCAUCUACCCAGCUUUUGACUCUGCUCAAGAGGAACCUAGCAUAUAUUAUAGCCACAAUGUCUAUUAGACUAAUGGGCCUGUAGUUGCUAGGGUCCUUUUUAUUCCCUUUGUUAUAUAUGGGAACUACUAUGGCCAUCUUCCACCCAACUGGGAUAUGGCAGGUAUUAUUUAUAUGUGUGAAUAAACCUGCCAAUAAAGGGCCUCACCAGUUGGGGUAUUUUUUGAAUAGUUCAGCAGGUAGAAAGUCCUCCCCAGGGGCUUUAUUGCUCUUCAAGUCUUUUAUGAUAGAUUGGAUCCUGUUUUCUGAUACUGGUGGCCAAAGAGGUGAGAUAAAUAUGUGAUAUGUGAUAAAUCACUACUUAGAAACUGUUUCUCCUCAUCUGGAGGAUGUCAGAUUAGAAGGGACUGUUUUACGAGAAAAAUGUUUUUGUUGUGACUUUUGAAGUAUUUGUACAGAGCCAAGAUGUGGGUUUUGAUUCAGUGUUUCUGAAAUUCUUCUCCCCCCACUCCCCUUUUUUUAAAAUCUUGAAAUAGUUUUGUUGAUUGGAAUGCAUCCUGUAAUGGCCAACUUACCAACAUGUACUGUCCGGUAGAAGUGAAUGACUAUG